AUGGAUACAGAGAAGAAAAUACAGCUUAAGAGAGAACUUGGCUAUUUCUGGGGAGUAAAUUUUUUAAUUAUUAAUAUAAUUGGUGCAGGAAUUUUUGUGUCUCCCAAGGGGGUGCUGCAGUACUCUUCCAUGAAUGUGGGAGUCUCCUUGUGUAUUUGGGCUGUCUGUGCUGUGCUGUCCAUGACCAAUGCGCUCUGCUUUUCAGAGAUCGGGAUAGCCUUCCCAUACACUGGGGCUCACUACUACUUUAUCAAGAGAUGCUUCAGCCCCUCCAUUGCAUUCCUGAGACUUUGGACCUCCUUGUUUUUGAGCCCAGGAGUAAUUGCUAGCCAAGCUCUGCUACUCGCCGAGUAUGCCAUUCAGCCUUUCUAUCCUAGCUGUUCUUCUCUGAAUCUGCCAAAGAAAUGUCUGGCCCUAGCAGUGCUGUGGAUUGUGGGAAUUCUGAAUUCUCGUGGAGUGAAAGAGCUGUCAUGGCUUCAGGCGGUGAGCACAGUGCUGAAGAUGGGCAUACUUAGCUUCAUUUCCCUCAGCGGUGUGGUCGUGUUGGUGAAUGGGAAGGAGAACGUGGGAAGGCUUCAGAAUGCAUUUGAUGGGGAGUUUCCAGAGAUCUCUCAGAUAAUAGAAGCGGUCUUCCAAGGAUACUUUGCGUUUUCAGGCGGGGAAUGCCUUACAUAUGUAGCAGGGGAGCUGAAGAAACCCAACAAAACAAUUCCUAGAUGUGUAUUUACAGCGCUGCCUCUGGUAACUGUGCUAUAUUUACUGGCUAACAUUUCCUACCUGACAGUUCUGACGCCCAGGGAAAUCCUCUCUUCAGAUGCUGUGGCCCUUAUAUGGACUGACAGAAUCAUCCCUCAAUUAACAUGGACUGUUCCUUUUGCUAUUUCUGCCUCGUUGUUUAGCAACCUUGUGAUUAAUGUACUUGAGGUAGCAAGAGUGGUAUAUAUUGCAGCCAAGCAUGACCAGUUGCCACUGAUAUUUAGUACCCUUAAUGUUCAUUCCUCUCCGUUCAUAGCUGUGCUUCUAAAUGUCAGUCUGGGAUCGCUUGCAAUAAUCUUAACAAACUUAAUUGAACUGAUAAACUAUCUCUAUUUUGCUUCUUCCAUUUGGACUCUGUUAUGCAUGAUAGGAAUCCUGAAACUGAGGUACCAGGAGCCCAAUCUGCACAGACCUUAUAAGGUUUUUUUACCUUUCGUAUUCAUAGGAAUCACAAUCAGCCUGUGCUUGGUCUUUAUUCCCCUUGUCAAGUCUCCAAAGAUGCAUUAUAUUUAUGUGGUCCUCUUCCUUCUCAGUGGAUGGCUGUUUUAUGUGCCGUUGAUACACUUUAAAGUGAAGUUGGUUUGGUUUGAGAAGUUGACUUGCUAUCUGCAAUUACUUUUUAACAUUUGCAUUCCUGAUGUAUCUGAUGAGCAAGUGUCAGAAGUAGAAAAUUGA